CGCUUGAUGCGGGAAGUGAAGAUGGCGGCGGCGGCGGCGAUAGCGGCGGAUGAAGCAGAGCGGGCGCGGGGCCGGCGGGCCGCCCUCUCCUUCGCCGCCAUCGCCGUGGUGCUGGGGCUGCCGCUGUGGUGGAGAACGACCGAGACCUACCGCGCCGCGCUGCCUUACGGGGAGAUCGACGGGCUGGGACAGCUGCCGUUCCAGCUGACCGUGCCCGUCGCUGUGGUCUUCGCCCCGGGGUCGGUGCCCGGGGACCUGCCGAGGCCGCUGCCCUUCAGGGACGUGCAGGAGAUGGAGCUUUCCGUCAACCUGAGAACCACCGUCACGUCCCGCUACGAGAUGAUCUAUCGCAGCACCACGGCUCAGGAGGAGGCAGCGCUGGGGGCACCUACUGCCCCAGAGGCUGAUGCUGCUCUGCACCCGCUGGAGGACACCUCCUUGGGCUCUCUGACCGUGUACGUGGUCCCCGAAACCUCCUCUCUCCUGCCUCAGGGCAUCAGUGUCUACGUGGGGAAGCACCGCAGUGCCCUGGUGAGGGCUGGGGGGGGCCUGGCUGCCCUCCGUGCCCGCCUCCAGCAACUCACACACGUGAUGUCCUUCACGGCCAGCUCCAUCACCGCUGCCCUCACGGACCGAGUGCCCGACGGCCAGCUUGGCCCUGAUGCCCGGCGGCAUUUGAAAUCCAGCCUGGGGUACGAGAUCACCUUCAGCCUGCUGAACCCCGACCCCAAGUCCCACGCCGUGGAGUGGGACAUCGAGGAAGCCGUCAACCGCUACGUGCAGCCUGUCCUGGACAAACUGAGCUUGGUGGCCAACUUCUCUGUUGACUCGCAGAUCCUGUACUACGCCGUCCUAGGAGUGACACCACGCUUUGAUAAGGAGUCCUCCAGCUUCCUCCUGAGCGCCCACAGCCUCCCGCACGUCAUCAACCCUGUGGAGGCCCGGCUGGGCUCCAGUGCUGCCUCGCUCUACCCUGUGCUGAACUUCCUGCUGUACGUGCCAGAGCGUUCCCACUCUCCCCUCUACAUCCAGGACAAGGAUGGAGCCCCAGUGAGCACCAACGCCUUCCACAGCCCCCGCUGGGGUGGCAUCAUGGUUUACAACGUUGAAGCCCCUGCUUCCCCUCAGGCUUCCCUCCCACUGCGCGUGGACGUGGACAUGGUGCGAGUGAUGGAGGUUUUCUUGGCCCAGCUCCGGUUACUGUUUGGGUUAUCUCGGGAGGAGCUGCCUCCUGAGUUCCUGCUGGAGAGACCAGGGAACGAGGGGCUGGCCGACUGGGAGCUGGACCGCCUGCUCUGGGCCCACACCGUGGAGAACAUUGCCACCGUGUCCACCACCUUGACCUCGCUGGCCCAGCUCCUGGACAAGAUUGGGAAUAUUGUCAUCAAAGACGAUGUUGCCUCUGAGGUGUACCGAGCGGUGGCCUCAGCGCAGAACGCCAUGGCCAAACUUGCCGCGGGCCACCUGCACUCAGCUUUCCAGGCCAGCAAGGAGGCAGUCACCUCCUCGGAGCGGGCCUUCUUUGACCCAUCUCUCCUCCAUCUCCUCUACUUCCCUGAUGACCAGAAGUUUGCCAUCUACAUCCCGCUCUUCCUGCCCAUGGCUGUCCCCAUUCUCCUCUCCUUGGCCAAGAUCGUCCGGGAGACCAGGCAGCGUAAGAAGGAGCCCACCAAGGUGGACUGAGCCCCUCACCAUGAUGCUCUGCCUCGGGGCUGGGGUUGUCCCCACCUCGUGCAGUGUGUUGCCACGGAUCCGUGGCCCGAGAAGGUCCCCAGAACUGUGUCAGGGCUGUGCCCUGCCUGGGUCUGCCAUGGCCAAAGAUGCAGGAGCGGGAAGAGAGGUUGCUUUGAGGGGUGGGAGAUGUUCUCAAUCUGGGUCCUGGGAUCUCAGCAACGCUGAGAUCCAUGAGGAGGGAGGGGGCUCCCCGGGGCCUUGCACUGUCUUCAGAACAAGCUGCUGGAUGAAUUAAAAGAAAAACCCUGGUGUGGGGCUGUGUGACCCUCA